CUGCCUGCGCAGUGGAUGGAGCAGGGGUUCUUUCAAGUUACAGACCUGGUACUCUCCGAAUCUCCAGGCAUUAUUGUCAAGUCUGUCCGUUCGAUAUCUGUGGAGUCUCUUGCAAUGGACUAAAGCGACUGAUGAGAUGCGCUCCUACUAACUCAGAGUAGCCUUUUCAGUUGAAGACUAUGAGUCCAGUUCUUUCUGUUCAUUCGCCAUUCAACGUUAACGCUGGGUCGCGGAGUUUCUGAAAAUAAAACGUCGUAUUCGCAAGUCCUGGGAGUGAGAUGCCCCGCAAGGAGAACUAGCAAUUUACAUUAAAAAGAACGCUGGAAUGGAGUUCGUCAGAUUUGUCAGAAUGCACGGACUUGGAGAAAGACCUGCUACGUGAUAAUACACGAUUUGCCCCGAAGAAGUGGAGUAUGCAUCGGAACCAUCCAAGUCUUUGUGCUGCCUACUGAGUCGCGUUUCAGGGUUCACCACUGAACGGCUACCCGCCUCCACUCUGUCUUUGCUGUCCCACAUCGUCUCGGGCUGCGUCAGAUAUCGUAUAAAGACACACUGGAACAAGCAAAUACUUUGUGAGAAGAUGAUUGGUGGGGAAUCUCUGAGAACCACUGAUCGCUGACACUUCAUUUGGCCUGGAGCUUCUUUGUUUGGCUAUCACUGACUGGUGCACAUCCUUUAACGUCCGGAGAGCGAGAGAGAGAGAGUCCCCGCCAACAGAAACAUGGCCUUUGCCCCGUGGAGGUGUCCACUCGUUCACUGGCUACUAAUAACACUGACCCUCUUUCAAAUCUCACAAGCAUUCAGCCGUGCUGCUUUGCCUUUCGGCCUGGUCAGGCGGGAGCUCUCGUGCGAGGGCUACCCCAUCGAUCUCCGCUGCCCCGGGAGUGACGUCAUCAUGAUUGAGACGGCAAACUAUGGCCGCACAGACGACAAGAUCUGUGAUGCUGACCCUUUCCAGAUGGAGAAUGUCAACUGCUACCUCCCCGACGCCUACAAAAUCAUAUCGCAAAGGUGUAACAACCGGACGCAAUGUAUAGUCGUCACCGGCUCCGAUGUCUUCCCCGAUCCCUGCCCAGGAACCUAUAAGUACCUAGAGGUCCAAUACGAAUGUGUUCCCUACAUUUUCAUUUGCCCGGGGACCCUGAAGGCGGUCGGGGAGCCCUCCUUUGCGUUUGAGGCCGAGCAGCAGGCGGGCGCCUGGUGCAAGGAUCCCCUCCAGGCGGGCGAAAAGAUUUACUUCAUGCCCUGGACGCCGUACCGCACCGACACGCUCAUCGAGUACGCCUCCCUGGACGACUUCCGCAACGGGCGGCAGACGACGACCUACAAGCUGCCGCACCGCGUGGACGGCACGGGCUUCGUGGCCUACGACGGCGCCAUCUUCUUCAACAAGGAGCGCACGCGCAACAUCGUCAAGUUCGACCUGCGCACGCGCAUCAAGAGCGGCGAGGCCAUCGUGGCCAACGCCAACUACCACGACACUUCGCCGUAUCGCUGGGGCGGCAAGACGGACAUCGACCUGGCCGUGGACGAGCACGGGCUGUGGGUCAUCUACGCCACCGAGCAGAACAACGGCCGCAUCGUGCUCAGCCAGCUGAACCCGUACACGCUGCGCUUCGAGGCCACCUGGGACACGGCCUACGACAAGCGCUCGGCGUCCAACGCCUUCAUGGUCUGCGGCGUGCUGCACGUGGUGCGCUCCACCUACGAGGAGAACGAGAGCGAGGCCAGCAAGAGCCACAUCGACUACGUGUACAACACCAAGCUGGGGCAGGGCGAGUACACGGACAUCCCCUUCCCCAACCAGUACCAAUACAUCGCCGCCGUGGAUUACAACCCGCGCGACAACCAGCUAUACGUGUGGAAUAAUUUUUACAUCCUGCGAUACGACCUGGAGUUCGGGCCGCCCGACCCCGAUGAAGCCCCGACUGUCAUUGACAAUGUCACGCCAACUGCACCGCUAAGAACAACCACCACCACCACCCUGUUCAGCACCACGCUGCGAGCCCCGGUCAACGCCACCUUCCCGGCCGACCCCAGGGAGGACAACAAGGGCCUGGACCGCCCCGUGGAGCCCCUGGGCACUUUGGGUCCCGCGGCGGCCGGAACUACGCCCUCGUCCAGGCGGUUCUGCGAGGGAACGUUUAGGAGAGGAAUCGGGUGGCCGCAGACUCACAGGGGCGUGAACGUGGAGAGGCCUUGCCCUAAGGGCACUAAAGGCAUCGCCUCCUACCUCUGCUCUGCCACCACUGGCGCCUGGAACCCUCGAGGGCCCGACCUCAGCAACUGCACAUCCCACUGGGUCACUCAGGUAGCUCAGAAGAUCCGCAGCGGCGAGAACGCGGCCAACCUGGCGAACGAGCUGGCGCACCACACCCAGUGGCCCGUGUUCCCGGGCGACGUGAGCUCGUCGGUGCGGCUGAUGGAGCAGCUGGUGGACAUCCUGGACGCCCAGCUGCAGGACCUGCGGCCCAGCGAGAAGGACACGGCCGGACGCAGCUUCAACAAGGCCAUCGUAGAUACGGUGGACAACCUUCUGAGGCCGGAAGCCCUGAAAUCCUGGGAGGACAUGAAUUCGACGGAGCAAACGCACACCGCCACCAUGCUACUGGAUACCCUGGAGGAAGGAGCCUUUGUCCUUGCAGACAACCUGAUGGAGCCUGCUGUUGUCAAAGUCCCCGCUGAGAACAUAAUGCUGGAUGUCUAUGUGCUCAGCACAGAUGGACAGGUCCAGGACUUCCGCUUCCCCCAGACCAGCAAAGGCGGAGCCACCAUCCAGCUCACUGCCAACACAGUCAAGCUCAACAGCAAAAAUGGCAUCGCCAAACUGGUUUUCGUCCUGUACAAGCACCUGGGCCACUUUCUCACCGUGGAGAACGCCACCAUCAAGCUGAGCGAGGAGGGGGUGGUGGGCGGACGGAACACGACGCUCGUCGUCAACUCCCACAUCCUGUCGGCCUCCAUCAACAAGGAGUCCAGCCGCGUGUUUGUGACCGACCCCGUGGUCUUCACUCUGGAGCAUCUCGAUACGGAGCACUAUUUUAACCCCAACUGUUCGUUCUGGAACUACUCGGAGAGGAGCAUGAUGGGCUACUGGUCCACCCAGGGCUGCAAGCUGCUGCACACCAAUAAGACGCACACCACCUGCUCCUGCAGUCACCUGACCAACUUCGCCAUCCUCAUGGCACACCGCGGGCAUGUGCCUGAGGGAAGUGUCCACGAGCUCCUUCUGACGGUGAUCACGCGUAUGGGCAUCGCCAUAUCGCUGGUCUGCCUAGCCAUCAGCAUCUUCACUUUCAGCUUCUUCCGGGGCCUGCAGAGCGACCGUAACACCAUCCACAAGAACCUGUGCAUCAGCCUCUUCAUCGCAGAGCUGCUCUUCCUGGUCGGGAUCAACAUGACCGAGCCCAAGAUUGUGUGCUCAGUAAUCGCAGGAGUUCUCCACUUCUUUUUCCUGGCGGCGUUUGCCUGGAUGUGUCUGGAGGGCGUGCAGCUCUACCUCAUGCUGGUGGAGGUGUUUGAGAGCGAGUACUCCCGCAGGAAAUACUACUACAUCUCUGGCUACCUCUUCCCCGCCAUCGUGGUGGGAAUCUCGGCCGCCAUCGACUACAGGAGCUAUGGCACCACGCGGGCCUGCUGGCUGCGAGUUGAUAACCACUUCAUCUGGAGCUUCAUCGGACCCGUCACAUUCAUCAUCAUGCUCAAUCUCAUCUUCCUGGUGGUGACCAUGUACAAGAUGGUGAAGCAUUCCACUUCGAUGAAACCGGACUCGGGUCGCUUGGAGAGUAUCAGGUCUUGGGUUCUGGGUGCGUUUGCCUUGCUCUGUCUGCUGGGCUUGACGUGGUCGUUCGGCCUGUUCUUCCUGAACGAGUCCUCCAUGGUGAUGGCCUACCUCUUCACCAUCUUCAACACGCUGCAGGGCAUGUUCAUCUUCAUCUUCCACUGUCUCCUUCAAAAGAAGGUGCGCAAGGAGUACAGCAAGUGUUUCCGCCAGUCCCAGUGCUGCGGCGGGCUGCCGUCGGAGAGUUCGCACGGCUCGGGGAAGACGUCCACCGCUCGCUCCACCGCACGCUACUCCUCUGCCACGCAGAGUCGUAUCCGGCGGAUGUGGAAUGACACGGUGCGAAAGCAGUCCGAGUCCUCCUUCAUCUCCGGGGACAUCAACAGCACCUCAACACUUAACCAAGGGAUGACUGGCAACUAUCUGCUAACUAACCCUCUCCUCCGACCUCACGACACUAACAACCCCUAUAACAACCUCCUCGCCGAAACCAUCGUGUGCAACACCCCUUCGCCCCCGGCCUUUCACUCUCCAGGCCAGCACUCCCUGACCAACAGCAGGGACGUGAGCGCCAUGGACACGCUGCCCCUGAACGGCAACUUCAACAACAGCUACUCGCUGCGUGACGAGGAGUACGAGGACCCGGCCUGCCCCGCCGACUGCUCGCUGGGCCUGGACGACGCUGCCUUCGAGAAGAUGAUCAUCUCCGAGCUCGUGCACAACAACCUGCGGCCCCGCAGCGCGGCCAGGCCCUGCGAUCCCGACCCCCGCGACAAGGAGCGCUGGGGCCGGGCCGGGGUCGGUGUCGGCGGCGGCGUGGGUCUCCCCCAGACGUGGCUCAGCAUGGAGCCCAGCGUGCGGGUGAGCGGCAGCGCGAGCGAGGACGACGCCAUCGUGGCAGACGACGCGGACGCCGCCACCUCGCCCACGUCGUGCCUGGCCUCGUCAGCAGGGGGCGCACCGCCGUUGUCGUCGUCGUCGUCGCAGCCGGCAACGCUCGAGCUGCUGCUGCACCCGCACCACCGGCAGGCGCUGGAGGCCCCGCUGCUGCCCCAGAGGACUCACUCGCUGCUCUACAGCGCGCAGCGGGCACAGCGCCAGGCCCCACGCCACCGCCAGCCCGACGACAGCAGCGACGGAGACCUCGACGACUACCACCAGCAACCGGACGACGAGGCUGGCGGCGGCGGCGGCGUUGGCAGUGUUGGUACAGGAGGCCGAGGUUGCGGUGGCAACAGCAGCAGCGGCGGUGGCGGUGGCUCGCCGUCCGAGACUCCCCUGCCGCUGGGAGUGGCGGAGGACAAGGGCACGCCGUCGCCCAACAACAGAGACUCCCUGUACACCAGCAUGCCCAACCUGAGAGACUCGCCCUCGCCGUACGCGGCCGACGCCGAGGAAGAGGAGGAGGAGGAGGAGCUCUCGCCCUCGUCCUCCACGCGCAGCGAGGCGGAGGAGCUCUGCCACAAGAGCAUGCCCGACCUGGGUGACGGCCCGCCGCCCCUCUCCUACUACCACAUCAGCCGCCGCGGCACCAGCGAGAGCUGCAUCGGCACCGGGGAGCCCGAGGAGUGCACCCCGCCGGAGCUGCCCGCCGUUGCCGAUGGCGAGCCCGCCCGAGACGGUCAGAUGCAGCUGAUCACCAGCCUCUGAGUUGGUUCUGACUGUGGAGGAGGGCAUCAUGGUAGGGGAGUAGAGGGGGGGGGGCGACGGCCCCUCAAAACGCUGUGUUGUUGUCUCACUCGCUCUCUCUCAUACAUCCAGUACAGACUUGCGUUCUUUUUCUCUCCCUGGCUGUUGUUGUGUUGCGAGUGCUCUCUGCCUCCCUCCUUCUCCUUCCCCUUGUCUCUUGUGCGCAAGGCACCGGGCGGGAGGAGAGAGGCACUCGUGGGAGGAGGCAAAGUGAAAUGACAUUUUUUUUGUUUCUAGCGCAACAAAUACAAACACACACUCAUACAUACAAACACUUGGGUUUUUUUUACUAUGAAGAUAAAAAACUAGCCAUCUGUGUAUUUUAACUGUUCUGUUGGACUCCUACAGUGGGAAAUGCACAGAAUGGUGUGUGUGUGUGUGUAUGUAUUUGUAUGUGUUUGUGUGUGAGAAAGAAAGAGAGAGGGAGAAAGAGCGAGCGAGAGCGAAAAGGAGGAAGAGGUGUCCACGCUCAAGCUUGGCGCCAUCCUCACCCAAGCCUUUCGAAUGAUGUGAUGAAACCCUGCCAAUGUCUUGGAGCUCUGAAUCUGUCCUGAGUCUUUUCUCUGUAGUGGGGGGGGACCUCGGGUUUCUCCCCUAAACUAACUCAGCCUCUGACUCUGGAGCAUUCUAUAAGUCCUCCAACUCUAGAGCAAAGAGAGGACCUCAAAUGCCUCAAAGCAGUGAAGACUGAUCAGAAAAGAGGAUGAUGAUGACGAUAAAGAUGAUAAAGAACCACUACUUCAGACUCAGGCCUUAUAUUUUCCCUAUUGCACAUUCAACUGUUGUACAAAAAUGGCUAAAGAAGAUAUAUUUUGCAGUACCACAAGUGUAAAAAAAAAGAAAAAAAAUCAACAAGAAGAAAACCAAGCAGAACAAUUAUGAGAAAACAUUAACGACAUGUCGGUGAAAGAGAUUAUUGUGAAGAGGUUGCACAUCAUGUUAAAACUUGUUUAUUCUUCCACUUCAUUCAUUGUAGUACCUUUAAAAAACAUGGAGAAAAGAAAGCCCAUGAGUUCAUACACACAUGUCCACUCGUGAGCGGUGUUUUUUGCUUUCAUGGAACAUGACUUUUGCCGGUUUAAAAAAAAAAAAGUGUUUUUUGCCAAUGUUCAUGUACAGGGGAAACAAUUUCCCUUUAUUUCAAACAAAAGACAGCAACGCCUUGCACAAAUUUGGAGUGAAUUAGGUUAUUAUGUAAUUUAUUUACUGUAAAAUGCUUGACGAUAACAGUCAAGGUUCAAAUAUCUCGUGUUGAUGCGAUCAAGAACGUUAAAAAUAAUUUAUUAUGUGUGAUGGAAUGCGGGAAAUGAAAGGAAAGGUGCUGGAUAGAAAGUGUGUGGUUUACAUCAGCCCUGUUGAUAUUCAUUUCAAUCAUUUUGUAAAACCCCAUUUUCAGAAGCUGAUGUAAAAUCCAACUCUUGUUUGAUAUCAAAUAAAUGUGAGAAUUUUUUUCUG